GCGUUAUGCACAAGCAGGUGUACUUCACAAGGUCGUCUGAUUAUUAGUAUUUUGCAGGCUUAUUGGGUAUUCGAUAUCGAGUGUUGGGUACCGGUGGCAAUUUUUCACAUGAAUUAUGGGUCAGUUAGACCAGGUAUCACUGUUAAGUUUGGCAAGGUAAGAAUUAACUUUACUAGUCAUUAGUUGAUGAUAUGAUUGUCCAGAAACUAGGACUGUAGUAUCAUUUACACGUGUGGGAUACUAUAGUGCUACUUAUGAGCAGCAUGACAUUUAUUGACUAACCUAAUAGGUUUUUCUGUGAUAGGUUGGUUGACGUUCUUACCAUACAAUUUGAUUUCAAUCAAGACUCAUAGUUAUGAGUCAAUGCUUCUCCACCUCGAAUUUUAUCCACUCACGAACACCACAUCUCCUUAUAUCUCUUACUAAGUAAGAAGAAAUCAUAAUAGCGGAUGAUUGUCACUGCGUUUUGGAAGCUUUUUCUUGCUACUGUAUUUCAUAUGGGGCCGUUGUUCAGUGGUUAACAUCAAUCUAUUGGCGACUGAUACAGGUCUGGUUCACAUUCCGUGUACAUAAACCUGCACUUAGUAAAUAAGUUAUAUAUCACUGUGCCCAUUCGUUACCGGGUCCGUGAAGAUGAUUCGUUUUUUCUUACCCGAAUAUUAGUGUUUUCAAGUUUAUAAUAGGCUUAAAUACAUUGAAAUUCACGGUCUGUGGACUUUGUUCAUAAACAUAUCAAUCACUUUUGCUUUCACUAAUAAAACUGGAGGGAGAGAAAUAAUUUCAUAUGGGUUAGUAAAGUACAUUCUGGUUCUUAUUAUAGCGGAUUAUUGAUCCAAGGUACAACAAUAUUUCACACAGUGUGCCCGUCGGCAUAGAAGCUACAGAAUACCUACAAUUCAACGUUGAUGAUCUUGGUAAGAUUAUUUUAAUCUCUUAAUUUUUUGAUAUAAAUGGUGCUGAAGUUUAUAGCUUCACUACUGAGAUCAAACAUACAGAAUUACUUCGGAAUAGAUUGUUUUAAAAAAAAGUUUGUAGUAAGCGAAAGUUUACUUUUUGCACCCCUAAUAUUGGCUGUCGUCGAUCUUUUUAGACCUUAGAAUUGCUUUUACUUCAUUAUUUUUCCGGCUUAAAAAGUACUAGCUCUCAAAAUGCCUAGGCAGGUAUUGCUUUACUAUCACCCUGCUGUAAUCACUGUCCGUUUGGUCGUAGCAAAUAUACGAGUCUUUGAUUUGCUCUUUUUAUAGAACUAGGGACAUUACUUAGUGGUUUUGUCAAGAGUAAAGCCUGUAGAAGUGUGAAGGCUUAACCUGCAAGUUACCUGGGGUCUAAUCCAUUUCAUAGGUUUUCAUCGAAUAAAGACCACUAUCCAAGUCUACGCAGGUUUUAUUUAGUCUAUCAUCUGACUUAUGGUCAGCGAAGGAAACGUUUUGUGAAACUAUGCAGCUUUGGUGAUACUUCGCUAAGAUCUAAUGUGAAAGAGAUUCAGUCAGAUUACUUUUGUUCUGCUAUAUUAUUGUGACUACGAUUUCAUUGGUUUCUGAGGAAUACCCUCAUAUCGAAAAGGUAACCCAAAAAAAUAUAAGACUGUAGUUUGUUACAGUUCUAAAAUUGUACCAUGAUUUAGCAAUGAACUACAUUUUAUCUUGAACUAUGUAAAAUUGAAAUUAACAAAUUAAGAUUAUUGUCAUGUGUACUGCGUGUCCAAAGUUCGACCCCGAUUAAUUGGCGAGACUAUAAUUUAUGGACGAACUAAUCACGUAUAGGAUAGGUUUCAGAUUUUGGCGCGAAAUUCAAGCAUCCAUUUAGCUAAAUAGAGUUUUGGCAUUAUAGCUGGUGUCAACUCGUGGUGAAAACCCUAAAUCUAAUUUCUAACCUUAAUCAUUAACUUUAAAUCAUAAUUCUAAUUUAGCACACAGGUUUAUAACCCUCAUUUGGUACUGAUUAUUUGGUGGACACUCUCAAGGUCAGUCCAGCGUCACUCAAAUGUCGUCCAUAAAUUAUAGUCUCACCGAAUUAUUCUUGAUACGACGUAACUCAACUGCUAUUAUUGUUAUUGUCAUCGUUAAACAAGAUUAAUGUUUUAAAGGAAAAUACGGCAAACUAUCCCAAAAAAUAAAACAAGCACUGUAUAAUCUGAAAAAUAGCUCAUUUAUGCAUCCACAAACACAACUCGGCGAUGAAGUAGCAAUAAUUUGUUCUUCAAACAGAUCUAUGUGAACAACUGGAUACUAACUUGAUUAAGAUAACGUGUGAAUCUUGAGUAAGAAAGCAAAGUGUGUGCAAAGUUUUUUGUAACCCUAAAAUUCAAGUCAGUCCGUAUGUAAGUAUGAAGUAAACCGAUCAACCAAUAGAGGAAGUUUACAUUCCUGUUCAGACUCAAUUGAGGAAAUUUGGGGGAUGCCUGGGCAAUCAGGCUAUCUUUUGAAUGUUAGCCUAACGCUUAAAUUCAUGGACCACAGCUGUAUAGUAAUAACCUCGAAUAUAACAUUUUUUGUGUUUCACUGUAGUUCUUGGUAAUAUCGACAGUGGGAAAGAUAUCGUCGAUAGACAAACAAAUGACUAAUCAACUCAAAUGCAAUGCAAGUAUUAAUUACAUCACCGUAAUUGAAUGAAAUAUUCAGUUAUAACUUCAUCUGUUGAUUUUGUCCCGUUUUGUUUUUUUCAAUAAAACAUCUUAUCCAGUAACUUACGACAUGUCAACUACAAGUCCAGUUGCAAUAUACACCAUGAACUCAGGUGGAUUCUUAUCACCAAAAUCCUGUCAUAAUAAAAUUCACCGUUUUCACACCUCUGACAUAUAUCCCAAAGGUACUUAUCAUUUCUGUUUUAAUCAAAAUAUUCAAGCUUGUUGGUUUUAUGAUCGUUAUGGUAAUUCAACAAAUACAGUGCAACGUCAGUCGUCAUGCUGUCAUAUGAUUCGUUUAAACGGUCUCAUCAAAUCUGUAAGCAUGGAGCAUUUAAGAUGCUUGAAGCAAACUUCUGUAGGUUAUUCACAGCAAACGAAUGGUCUGAAAAAUUCCUUUGUAUCUUGCGAUCGGUUAAACACAAGACCAUUUACAAAAAACAUUCCAGUUGAGUCACGUUCAUCGGGAGAUGGUCAAACAGAUGAUGAAGAGGAAUUAAGCGAAGUUAAUUACCGAAUUACUCCUGACAUUCAGUCAAAAAUCAAUUCAAAUUCUUCAAAUGAAGUAAAAGUUUUCCUAGGUUCUCACUCCAAAUCACAUUCACCUUCAAAUUCUUUUAUACACGAUCAAAUUAAUACUAAACAUUUACUUCUUCCAGGUCGUUCCGCUUUUGUAAAACAUUUAGUUCGAGAAGUAGCGUACUUUGAAAUAUGUGAAUUUUUAAUUGGACAAAUAGAAGAAAUUUAUGAUAUGGAAAAUUGUGAGUUUUUAAAUUCUGUGUAUGGCGAAAGAAAUAAGAACAAAUCUUUACAAAUUCCUACUGACUUUCAGAAGGUGCAACACAUUUCAUCAUUUUACUUCAUUAUCUCAGCCAAGUAAUUCAAAAAGAGCUAUGAAAUCAAUCUCACAAUCUGAUUAUUCCUCUUCAGUGUUAACCUCAUCUAGUUCAUUUGUUAAUCAUUCAACAACGUUUUCAAAACCUACCAUAAAUAAAUUAAGUAAUAAUUCAACUAUUAUCAUAGAUACACUUUCAAAGAAUGAUAAUAGUAAUAACAAUGAUAAUCAUGCUAACAAUAGGUCGUUAAUUUCUUUAAAUAAAGAUUUUCAAUUAUCGAGUAAAAUGGGAUCCGAUAAUCAAGACUAUCCUACAUCAUCAUUGUCACUGUCAUCAGCGUUUGGCUGUACACCUUUACCAUAUGGAUUAUUGAUCAAUCCACCUAUCCAAAAAUCUAAGUAAGUAUCGUUUUAUUUCAAUGUUUAUGUUUGCUGUAUGUAAUUGAAGAGUUAUUCAGGGAAAAAGUGCCUUAAAUCACCUUUAUAUUAUAAAAGUUGAAGAUAAAAGAAAAAUUAGUUUCAAACUAUUGAUAUAUAACUUGUACUGGUUAUCUGACAAGUGGGUUAGGGUUAUUAUCAUCAUCAAGUAUUUCAGUACGAUUUAUGUAACGUGUUUGUUACUCAUGCCAACAGAUUUUCCACACAGUAGUCACAACUUUUCUUUUUGAAACCAAUACUAAGGUUACUUUGUAUUGGAAAAGUUAUCAAUGAAGAGACAUGAUGUCUUCUUGUCUGGAAAACACCUCAAAUCUAUACUUCCAAGUAUACAUAAUUUCUUUCCAUUUGGUUAUUUAGAAAACCAUUCAGAGAAUUGUCUCACACAUAGUUCAACCUGACUAUAUUAGCAUUUGAACUCUCUUUGAAUAGAUUGAUACACCUAAGACAUAAGUAACUGUUUAUCAGUGUUUAAACAUUUAGUUGUAUUUAGUCAUAUUUUUCCUUUUAAUACUAGGGAGUAUGCUUUGAAAAUUUUAAACUUCACUACAUUAAUGAUAUUUAAAUAGAAUAGUUAUCACUUUAAUUGAAUGUCUUUUUCAUUUGGUCAUUUUUCUACACAUAGACGUAAAGGAGUUCUUGUCAGUCAAAAUAACCGAUGCGCUGGUUGCGGUGCCUUCAUUGAAACUCGUAAGUUCUUCCUCAGUUGUUGAUUAGUAAUAUUCAAGAAAUAAAUGUGCUUUCUUUUCAUUUUCCUUAAAUAGUGUUUAUUCUAUACUUUGAUAGUGAUAAGUCCAUCAUGAAUACUGAACCAUUCUGAGGACUGUUAAAUGUGCCAACGAACAAUACAAAUAUCUGCAUGUAUAUCUUUCAUGUAGAUCAUUGACAAGUUGUACUAAUCGGAUUAUCGUUUAGCCUGGUUCAGUUCAAGCUUUUCAGCCGUCAUAUACCGAAACAAAAAAAGAAUAAAAUUUUCUAUGUACCUGGACUGUUUUGACAGAUCAAAUUGUGAGAAUUACUAGCUAGUUGGAGUGAUUUGAUAGUUCAAGUGUUUGUCUUUAACUCUUUAAGUCGAAGGUUUUAUCCUCACACCUAUUUUGGCUUUAACAGGCUGAUAGCAUCAGUAACCCUUACAUCAAAAGUGUAACCCAAACUCGAGUAUAUGUACUUGUAUUUUGUGAUUAACUUACAGUACAAGAAUCAUUUCGUGGUACUUCCAUGAUGUGUACUACCUAUACGGACAGAUGUAAGUGGUAUGUAUCAGGUAUUGGAAGUAGAAUACUUACUGAAGAGGAAAAUGAAAAGAGGAGAAAGGUAAACUGAGAGAAAUCGAAAUAACAACAGGAAUGGAAGAACGAUGAAGUUCGUGAGAGAAAGUCCAUGAAAGAUAUGCAAAUAGUGUAUUUGAUGCAUAGUUUACAUAUUUUACAAAAUCACAUUAAUUUCGCACAAUAUAACUGGUUUCUCCUGCCCAAGUCUUCGUUCAUUACACUUCUACUACCAUGACAUUUGUCUUGACAAGUUAGUCUCUUUGUGCUGAUAUGCUUUGACAAUCUGAACCGGUACACAUAUGCUCUGCGUUCUCUGUUGCUUAUGUCUGACUGACUGAUACAUAUAAGUUCACGUAGGUCAGUGUUAAAUGAUAGUGAUGUUAUCUGUAUUCUGUCGGAAAGCAUAAGUUAUUAUUUGCUGAUUCAUUAAGUGAACUGUAGUAAAAUUUUCACCCAAACAAAGAGUUAACAAAUCUAAUCAUUUAUGGAUUUGAGGUUCCACACUGUUUAACCCCAAUUUGAAAUGAAAUAACUGUAGAUCCUUGAAUAAUACCAAUCAAUAAUAAAAACAUCUUGGCGGCCUGCAUUAGUGUCUUUACUCUGCAGUAGUUUUCCUAAUUCUCAGUAUUUUUAAGCAGAACAUUGAUGUAACUAUCGAGUUUCGUUAUUAUUUAUAAUUGCUUACUGUUUUGUGCUGUCCGUAUUUUUCUUCAGGAUAUCUUAAAAGAAUGCGUUUUUGCGAAUUUUUUGGUCGUUACUUUUGUUGUGUUUGUCACUCGAAUACACUUAUGACUCUUCCUGGUAAUUUAGUGACCUGUUGGGAUUUUCGUAUGUUAUCAGUCAGUAAUUUUGCACGUGAUCGACUUCGUCAGUUGCAUAAUCAACCUUUAUUAAGAACAAUCGAUUUUAACAAACAAGUAUUAAACCGUCAGUCUAAUCUUGUGAAUUGUUUGACUUUACGUAAACAAGGGAAUUUGAUGCUACCAUUUAUUCAACAGUGUCAAACAGGUUGGUUGUUGUUGUAGCCAGACAAAAUAAUUUUCGUUGUAUAUUUGUUCACUAUCUUAUAUUAUGUGAUUACAAUUUGACUUUGAAGCACUUUCACAGGUAAAGCUGAUGACUAUUUAAAAGUUCAACAAUUUCGAUCUUACCGUACAUAAUUAUUAUUCUUACCACCCUAUCUAUAACAUAAAAUAACAUGUCCCAUUAAUAAUAAUAAGCUUUACAGAUAUUGGUAGCUAGCUCUUGCAUCACGAGGCAAACUCUAACUAAUAAACACAUUACGCCGAGAAUAGGAAGCAAACCUAAGAGGAAUGUAUAACACUCGAAAACGACUGAAAAGGAGAGUCCAGGAAAGAGUUGGUUGGAGAAUCCUGGUCGACGCCCUUUGCUCCCUCUACGAGGGGUAACAGGCGUAAUUAAGUAAUAUUAUUUUCUAAGUGAAAAGGUUUUGUAGAGAUCGGUUCAAUUUGUAGGUUGCAUUCAUCAUCACAGAUUGAUCUCAGUAAGCGUACCAUUGAAAAGCAGAGAACAUUAAGAUUGCAAGUAAUGAUUAAUAUUUUACUCUUUUUUCUGUAUUCGGUUUUAGCUCAGCAAUUAGUGGACUUUACUUCUAUACCAAGUCAUUGGUUCGAAACACCAGAUUUAUGGAGUAUGGCUGAUUUACAUUCUGUACAUGAUGGAAAAUUAUCAAUAACUUUACGUGCAUUACUCUUACCAUUAGUAGAGCAUAUAUCAAUAUGUAAACGAUGUUUAGCUUGUGGCUUUAUUUGUGAAAUAUGUAAAUCUGGUCAAAUUCUUUUUCCAUUCGGUCAAGUAAAUACCACAAUAUGUUCCGGUUGUUCAGCUUGUUUUCAUCGUGCAUGUUUACAUUCCCCGAAUCCGGAAACAUGUCCAAGGUGUAUUAGACGUGCAUUUAAACGAGAACAAUUAAUUUGAAAAGACGUUAUUAGUUUUAUUGGUUUACUUUUUGCUGAUGCUUGUAUCAUCACAAUUACCACCCUCUUGUCCCCCCACCACACAUGUACAUCACUGACAACCUCAUUAUUUCACUUCAUUUUAUAAUCUCAAUAUCAAAAUAGAUUAAUAAUCAAUCCCUGCGUUUAUCUUGUUGAUUGCAGCUACUUAUUUCUCAUUACUGUAAAUUUGACAUGAAACUUGCCAUAAAAAUCAGUAUUUUAUUUUCGACGACAUACUAUUCAUUUGAACGAAAACUGUUUUAUUCUAUAGCUAAUAUUUUUAGUUAUCAAAUUUCUGUUAGUCUUUCUAUUUCCUCUGCUCAGAAGUUUAUUAUUAUUAUUAUUAUUAUUAUUAUUAUUAUUAUUACCAUUAAUAUUAUUACAAUUUUUCUACUGCAGUUUGUUACGAUACGUAAUGCAAACAAUUUAUCGCUAUUUAUUAAUUGAUUGAAACAUCGAAAAAAUGGAUAAUGACUAAGCUGAUUUUUCUCCUACUCUCAUGUCUUUCUAAUCGUUUUAUAAUUCACUUCACGCACGUAAUAUGGUAUAUUCGAUUGUCUUGAAAAAAUCUGUGCAAACUAGAUAUUAUCGACUUUCUUGAAUACAAUUCAAGUCUGUGUUGUUUUAUCUCUAUAUAAUUGGUGAUGAACGGAAACAUUAUUUGUAAGACCUUAAUUUCAUGAAUUUUGUGUGGGAAUAAUAUAAUUUAUUCGCCAACUACAAGUCUAUGUAUUCGACUUUCAUUAUGAAGGCAAACUUAUAACAUUUUGCGCGACUUCUGAAACUGAUGUAAUUAAGAUGAGAUUCCCAUCUGCAUUCUAGGACAUGAAAUUUGAGUGGUUUAAAUAAGAAAUUACCGCUUUAUAUGAAAGUGAUACUUCCUCAAAGAUACAGAACUAUCAUACGACAAUUAACCACUAAAAAUUAGUCUUUUAUUAAUUUUAUGUCUGGUUGAUUAUGUCAAACUCCGCCUGUAGUUUUUCUAAGGCAACUACCGGUCCCCAGCCCGGAUAGAUUCGGGAAAGAUGUUGCUGUGCUCGCGUUACGAAGAAGAAACUGCUCCACACGCUCAGGGAGUUGUUCUUAUGUUAUCCAAAGAAGCAUGUAAAGCACUCAUAGGAUGUCAGUCAGUCAGCUACAACGUAGGACCAGGCACAUAUAUGCAUCGGUCCAAGUUGCCAUACCUCAUUAGCACAACAAGAUGAACACCGG